CAUUGUUGUAGUUUCUUGCUAACUAGUCGUAGUUAGAAGAUGUGUGUGUGUUUUUUACUGUGUGUUUUCUAAUUAGUUAAAAUAGCAGCAAAAAUGGACGUGAUAGCCUUUUGCCGCUUUGGCUAUAUUUUAAUCUUAGGAACUUUUUUCUUAAUGAUAUGGAUUUCUUUAAGUGGAGCGCGCGAAAUUGAUUUAGUGCGUUACCCUUCAUGUUAUUUUAAUACACUUUGUAAAUGUUCAAAAAGUGGUCCUGAUUUAGGCAUAGUUAGGUGUCAAAAUAAUCACUUGCCCAGAAUUCCAGAAACUGUAAAUAUCUCAAAAGUGUUUAUGCUUCAUCUAGAAAAUAACAAUUUAAAAGUUCUUGAACCCUAUUUUCUGCAAAGUACAGGGUUGUAUAAAAUUGUAAUAAGCAAGAAUCCUCUAUCAUACAUUCCUGAUGAAACAUUUCUGGGACUUGAAAGGUCGUUAUGGGAAUUAGAUUUGAGUCACAAUCAGUUAACACGUGUCCCAAAUCGCUCAAUACGAUAUUUGCGAAAACUAAGAUAUUUGGAUUUGAGAGGAAAUAGUAUUACAAGAAUAUCUCCUGAAAAUUGGAGAGGACUUGAAAAUUCUCUAACAACAUUGAUUCUCACCGAUAAUUACAUUACUCAUUUACCAAUCGACUCAUUUUCUGGUUUACCAAUGGUGGAAACAAUCAAUUUGAAAGGAAACAAUUUGAAAGAAAUCGAUCCUUCGGUUUUCAGAGAUGGCAUGGGUCGAUUAUCUAAUUUAAUUCUAGCCGAUAAUCAACUAACUUCAAUUCCUUACCAAGCACUCUCAUUUUUAAAAUCAUUAAGAGAAUUAGAUUUGAGUUAUAAUAAAAUUAAUAUAAUGCAACCAGCACUAGAAGUGGGUGUACAAAAUGCAAAUUAUAAUUUUCUCUUCAAUUUGGAUUUGUUAAGACUUGAUUAUAAUCAAAUAACGAUGUUGAAAGCUGCUUCGUUUCAGUAUUUUAAUGUUUUGAAUAAGACUUACCUAGAUGGGAAUCCUCUUAGUCUUGUUGAGGAAAAUGCAUUUCGACAGGCGAAAAUCAAAGAACUAUAUAUGAGAAAUUGCGGCUUGAAAGAAAUAUCACCGUUAGCCUUUUCCGGUUUGGAGAAUUUUCUCGAAAUUUUAGAUUUAUCGGGUAAUCAUAUUUCGUCUCUUUCUGACGAGAUUUUCCAAAGACUGGUGUUGUUGAAAACAUUGUCAUUGCGGGAAAAUACUUUAAAGAAGUUCAAUGCCAUACAAUCACUAAAUGGAGCUCGGUUUUCUCUUUACCAUCUCGAUUUAAGUGGAAAUGAGAAUGCCCCAAUCUCACUUCAAGAGCUAAAAACUUUUAGAAAUUUGAGAAUUUUAUCACUGUCUCGCUUAUCUCAACCGAGUCUUUCUUCGGAAGAUUUCCGCGAUUUUGGGACUGAUUUAGAAGAGUUACAUAUUACUUAUGGGGGACUUCAAACAAUCAAAAAUAAUGCUUUCAAAUACGUCCACGCUUUAAAGAAAUUACAAUUUUCUGAUAAUAUAAUUUCAGGCAUUGAAAACAAUGCUUUUGUUGAUAUUGGUGACUCGUUACUCACCUUGAAAUUAACUCAUGCUUUAUCUUCAUCGGUCCAAAACCUCCCAAGUGACGCUAUAAAAAUUUUAAACCGACUGGAAGAACUCGAUUUAAGUAAUAACCGACUUAGAAAUGUCCCAGAUAAUUCGUUUCAUUUUCUAAAAAAUUUGAAACAGCUUCAUUUACAAGACAAUAUCAUUGAAGUUAUCCACAGAGGGACAUUUCAGGGAGACAUUCACCGCGAUUUGACUGAAAUUUACCUCUCGUUUAACAGCAUUCGAAAUGUUCAACAACACACAUUUUCUGAUUUAAUCCAACUCGAGCAAAUUCAUUUAGACGACAAUAAAAUCGAAAGUUUAGAAAGACGCGCUUUUAUGAAUCUGAAAAGUCUGAAACGACUGAAUUUGAAAGGAAACAAAAUCGCCUCUAUAGCGUACGAAAGUUUUCAGAAUUUGCCCGAACUUGAAGACUUGGAUUUGGCUUAUAACAGUAUCAGUACUCUAGAUUUUAACAUUUUUGACCAAGUGGGGUCAUUAGGAAUGUUUCAUGUCAAUAUGAGUCACAAUAAAUUAAUAAAUUUGGCCGUCGCUGCUUCAAUACCGUUUGAGCAAGACACAGUUUGUGUUUACUGUACAGGUUUUGGUGGUUUACAAAACAUUAAGGUCUUAGACUUAUCAUUCAAUAACAUCACUUCAGUGGCGAAACAAUUUUUUAGACCAGUUGAAUUAUCUCUAACUCAACUUUACUUCGGUCAUAAUAAACUUUUAAACGCAACUAAAGAACUUUUUGGAAAUAUGCCACACUUGCAAAUUCUUGAUUUGUCACACAAUUCUUUAUAUGAAUUGGACUUUGAUACUUUCAGAAAUACGAAAAAGCUUCAGUUGCUUGAUACGUCGCAUAAUCGCAUUUCUGAGGUCCCGAAUGACUUGUUUAAGUUCUUGGGUAACUUGAGGAUUGUUGAUUUUUCUCAUAACAGACUGAGAUCUCUACCUGACAAUUUAUUCAGAGAGACAGGUCUUGAACGUUUGGAUGUUUCACACAAUUUAUUGGCCAAGUUACCAUUGACAAGUCUCUCAAUUUCUUCAGCUGAAACUUUAUGCGAGUUGGACUUGUCCUGGAAUAGUAUUUCGUCUUUAUCACACGGUGGACAAUUGUCACGAUUUAAAAGUCUCUCCUGGUUGGAUUUAUCUUAUAAUCGUUUAGGUCAAAUCGAUGCUGGGACUUUCAAAGGCAUCCCAAGACUAGCAAGUCUUAAUUUGGGUCACAACAGCCAACUCACCUUAGAAAUAAACGGUUUGAGUUUCCAAGGAUUAGAAUACACUCUUCUUCAUUUAAAUCUAGACAACGUUUCGUUGUCUCAAGUGCCAACAUUAUCAACACCUAAUCUACUUUCACUAUCACUUGCUUUUAAUUCUUUGCCAACUGUUGCACUUGAAAUAGCAGGGAAUAUAUCGUCACUACGUUAUUUAAAUUUGGAUUACAACGACUUGAGUGCUGUCCCAAUAGUGACACACUCAUUGACUGAAUUGAGGUAUUUAUCAAUGGAAGGUAAUCCCAUAACAACUUUGAGCAACACGAGUUUGCUAGGAGCUGCGAAUCAGUUAGAAGAACUCAAUUUAAAAAAUAUCGAUUUGAGUGUUUUGGAAUUGGGUGCGUUCUGCAAAAUGCAACCGUUGAGGACACUCAGGAUUGGUAUUUACAGCAAUAUUAAAAAUUAUAAUAUACCCACAAUUUUGCAAUUUAAUGAUGGACUUAAGAAUCUAGAAAUUCUUGUGAUCAAAGACACAGAUACUUUAGAUAAUGAGAUGCGAGGGGCUUGGCCUUUGAAAUUACAAAACCUGACUUUAACCGGAAGAGGCUUAAAGAAAAUCACCGGAAAAAUGUUUCAGGGGAUUCGAAGUCCGACUUUUCAUCUUACUCUUUGCAACACCAGCGUUAUUAAAAUCCCUUUUGACGUUUUUCACAAUAUGUUGCAAGUGAGAAAUGUGAGUGUUGACGUUAGGGAUAAUCUCCUUUUGAAAAAUUUACAAAAUCCGUCAACUGGGUCUAAACCCGGCAAACCUAGAUCGGCUUUUUUGAUUGAUUUGAAACUGAUGGGUGGAAAGUGGUCUUGUGAUUGUGAUUUGGGAUGGGUCGAAGUGUGGGAGCGGAAACGGCGGCAAUAUUUGUGUCCUAAUGUUGCUUCAAGUUUUAAUUUUGAGGAAUAUAAUUGUAGACAUACUGAUGAUGGUCUUAGGAAUACGCUCUGUGCGAAUAAAAAUAACCGGAGUUUGGUUGAAGUUCUUAAAAGUGAUAUUGAGUGUGGUUGGAGUAAAGCUUCAAUGGAAAAAUUGAUGAUUUGGCUUGUUAUUUUUUGCCAGAUUGUUCUAAACAUGGUUUAGGAUACGUCUGAUACCUUAUGUGUUCGUUGUUGCACAUCCUCGAGUUUGAAACGAAGAAAUUAAUUUAGAUUUGUUUUAUUUGGUAGGUACAUAAUAUAAUCCCUGAGCAACAUAUCUAGUUAGACUAAAAUAAGUAUGUACAUUGGAUUUGAAUGAGAAAAAAAUGGUAUUUACAAAAAAACAUGUACGUAGUUAAGUACUUUAUUGUACACUUUUAAAUAAAUUAUAAAUAAAUAUAGUACCCA